AUGUUGUCAUCCGCGCUGGCUGCUGGUGCGCGGCCACCGGGAGCGGGCGCUGCACGUGCUGCGCGAGAUCGCCGCCGGAAACGGCCGGCCCCUGAGCCGGGACCUGUCCGACCUGCGCGCGCCCCGCGACGUCGACUCGGAGGGCAUCGGCACGCUGCUGCGCACCGGCCGCGGCGCCGCCUGGACCCUCAUACAGAUCCUGGCCUGGUGAGAUGCCGCGGCGCCGCCUGGACCCUCAUACAGAUCCUGGCCUGGUUCACCGUCAACCUGGGCUUCUACAGCCUGACCGCGGCCUCGGCCACCGUGGGCGGCGACCGCUUCGUCAACUUCGCUGUCUCCGGCUUCGUGGAUCUCCCAGCCCACCUCUUCGUCUUCUUCAUCCUGGACAGGUUCGGUCGCCGGCGCUCGCUGUCGGGCGUGUUCCUGGGCGGCGCGGUCGGCUGCCUGGGGGUGCUGGUGCUGCCUGCCAGUGCCGACCACGGACGGCUCGGCGGACGUGCCGCCUUCCUCUGGCUCGGCAAGCUGAUGAUGUCGGCUGCCUUCACGGUGGUGUACGUGCACACGCUGGAGAUCUUCCCGACGUCGGUCAGAAACCGCGGCAUCAGCGUCAUCAACGCUUCCGCCCGCAUCUCUGGCAUCCUCUACCCCUUCAUGGUCCUCCCUGGACUCCGUGUUGCCGGACCUGCAGUACGCGCUGCUGGCGUCUCUGAUGCUCUGCUCCGGUGGGCUGGCCCUGCUGCUGCCGGAGACGGCCGGGCGGCCGCUGUUCACCACGGUGGCGCAGCUGGUCGGCCGCGAGCCUGGGGCGGCGCCGGCGGCGCCGAGCGCUGGACAGACGAGGAGGACGAUGCCUGGACGGAGGAGACGACGGUGGCAGGACAGGAGGGCGCGCCUGCGACGUGA